AUGAAUAUUAAUACAAUAGAAUCCUUUAAUGAGUUUCUUAUUCAGAUUGAAACGGCUAGUUAUAAUGACGACCUGUUUAUUCCUCAUGACUUGGACCAUGAUGUAACUGGAACUUCUCCUAAUGAUAAAUCAAGGUCUCAUACCCCAAAACCUUGUCAAUGUAAUACUUCUACUGGAAGAACCCAUAAUGAAUGUCAACGUCAUGGUUCAUUAACAAGAAGCCUUUCAAAUAAUACUAUCAGAGGCAAUACAGAGUCAGGAAGACGAAGAAGAAGAAGAAGUCGUCCAUCUAUAUCUCGAUCAAACCUGCCUGUACAAUUUUAUCAUACCCCAGAAGUAGAACUUGAUGUUUCAACAUUACAUAUACUUCCCAUCUAUGACAUUAAUUUAAUAUCAGAUGAAACCAUAGGACGAGACUCACAUCAUUCAAAUUCCAGAAUAAACCCCAAAAGUGUAAAUCAUCUUCGUCAUACAAAGGAUGAAGUCAUACUACCUCCUUCAUUUCCAGAUUAUAGUACUGCCACUUCUACAAAAUGUUAUACAGUAGACUUUGAAGAUGAAGUAGAAGAUGAAGAUGAAGACGAAGAUGAAGAUGAAGAAGAAGAUGAGGAGGAAGAAGAAGAAGAUGUUGACUCAGAGAGCCUAAAUGCAAUAGUUCCGGGACUCUUCCCGAAAAUGGAUGUCAAUGAUAACGAUAAAUUUAUGAAUUUGAGUACUUUACCACUCACCCCAACUCAUGUAUCUAGAUGA